AUGCAAGUCAACAUUCCCUUCGCGCCGUGUCAGGAGGCCUUCGACCAUGCAGCAUGUGGCCUGUGCACGGGUCUUAUGGUUCAUGGGGUUAGCUACGUGUUUGGAUCUUUCGCAAAAGACGGUUACCAGUACUCCAUGGAGUCGCAGUUCCUCGAGUUCCUGCAGUGGCAGCCGAGUCUCAGGACGUACGACUGGCGUGUGGCGGACUUCAUCUGGCUCGCUCAGUGUGUGACCAAGGUGUAUUGGAAUUUGCGCCUCAACAACUCGCACUCUCACGAGGCAGCUCUGGCGAAAGCAGACGCUUGGUACCUGCGCCCUGUGGCCCAGUGGGCUAACGCCCACCCGGCCUGGCAGCGCCAUUCCGGCGCCAACUUUGUGACAGUCUAUGCGAUGGACCUUGGGAGACAGGACUUUCCCGUCGCCCUGGCCGAGACGAGGAAUUGGAGUGUCGGCACACUGACCGGCGAAGCGGACUGGCUGCAGAAGGCGAACUUGUGGGCGCUUCCAGAAGCUGCUGCACCGGAUCGCUGUGCCGAGGAGACCCAAUCAACAGCAGAGGGCCGAAUCUUCUACCCGCAAGACUUCGUCAUCAGCAUCCCGAGCCGCUUCAUCUCCACUCGAGAUGUCCUCUCUCGCGCACGAGCCGCCACCCGGACUCGCCUGGCCUUCUUUGCCGGCAGCCUGAACAGCUGUGCUCGGCGCUGGCUGCACUCACUGUAUGGCAACAUGGAUCCAGCAGAGGUCUGGGUGCAGAGUUCCGUUGUGGAGUCCGAGGAGGAGUAUCAAGAUGCCAUGCUUUCGAGUAAGUUCUGCCUGGUUUUGCGGGGCAGCUCCCACACCAACAACGUACGCCUUGUGGACGUCAUGGCCCAUGGUUGUGUGCCUGUGAUCGUGUCUGACGACUUCCACCCGCCACUGGAAAGCCAUAUUCCUUGGCGCGAUGUCGCGCUUUUUUUCCGUACCGCGGACUUGCCACGUCUGAUCGCGCACUUGCGUGAGGUCGAUGAUGUUGCUCUGCGCGAGAAUCUGUUGGAAGGCGAGAGCCCAGCGGCACAGGCACUGGACUUCGUGGUCCAGGAUUACUGGGGAGACAUCUUCCAGGUGCUUGCCAGCAAGCUGGAGCAGUCACUCCAGGCCCCCAGCACCAGGACCAGCGAGCUCGAGAUGCUUCGCAAGACCGCCCUGAAUCUCUACACAGCCUUCCUGGAGUUGAACGACUGCCCGCUGGAGAUCUGCCUUGAGGAGAGUUUCGUCAGCAACGAUAUCUUCGGCUGCAGCGGAGUGGAGAAUCUCUGGCCCGCCCUGGCGGCGCUCCGGAGCCGUUCCGCGCGCCGUGGUGAAGGCAAAGCGCAGCUGGUCCUGGAGGUGAUGCAGGAAAUCGAGGACUCCUGCCCAGAUCCGCUGGCUCUGCAGGGGGUCACCUCCGACUGGAUUCGAUUGCAGGGCAGCUUGGACCCAAGCUCCGCGCAUGCCAUGGCCGAUCCCAAUCUCCUGGAAAAAUCCUGUGCAAACUCAGGUUGCUUUCUGCUGCUCCUUCGGGGUGCGGCUGCGUCCAAGCGAAGUUUGCUGUCGGCGGAGCCACUGCUGACGGAGCGAUUGGUGCGCUUCCUACUCUUCGAGUUUCAUGACAAGCAAUGGGGCAGCUUGACAGUCUACCAUGCAGGCCACUUUUUGCUGAGCCUCGGAUACGCCUGCUUCCUCGUCGCUCGAUCCGACUUGUUCCUCUUCUCUGGUGGGCUCUGGGACGAAGCGUCCCUAUACUCGCUAGUGGGCUCCAUCGAUGUAGAGGCCCAAAAUGCCUGGGACUGCGUGGACACGAUGAAUCAACUCUGGCAGCACGGAACCGUGGCAGCCGGGACCGAGGGGCAAGCCUUGACCAUGGAGAUGAUUGUGGAUGUCUUGAAAUCCUCCGUGACGGAGCACAGACACAAGGACGGCAAGGCAUACUGGGACGAGGUCUUCGACCUCAUGUUCGACCUGCCGGAACUUCGUCUUCCCAACAAACGGUCGGUGGAGACGCUGCUCAACACGUUCAAGCACGUGCAGAAGCCUCUCUCCAAGGGUGAGAAGACCGAGGCUCUUUUCCCGGUGGAGGCGGUCUUGAGACUGCGAAGGAACACCACGGCGCAGCUGCAGUUCAUCAGAUUCGUUGUGGGUGGCUUGUCUGACAUUCACGCGAAGUUAAUCAACUUCGCCAAUCACAAGCCGCUGGAGCCUAUUCACGGCUUACCUGGAGCCGAGGGGCAUCCCGGCACUGCGGGGACAGGAAACUGUUGGGCAUCACUUCGGCUUCUGGAGGUCCUGUUUCAGCUCGCGGAAAUCGAAGACUACCACGCAGUGAGAAAGCUGCUGAACUCGGGCAGCGGUCAGCGACCACAUGCUGUCCUGAUCGCCUGCUGCCAAGCGGAGGACAAGUCGCGCGGCAUGUUGCGCGCGGAGAUGCUUGAGAAGCUUGCGCCUGGACUUUUCGAAGAACGUGGAGGUCCCAACGCUUUGCUGGCAACGGUGGCGUUGUCCCAGCGGGACCCGAUCCAGCUAAAGAGGCUUUUGCGGGCGAUGCUGGACAAGGAUCCAGCUGCGAACUUGCAGAAGGUCCUCAACCUGCUAAUGAACGAGAACAUGAAGGGCUUCUAUGCCGAGCUGCUGAAAGGGCCGCCUUCGGACAUGGUGUGCCGAAUCGUUUUGCUGGCCUCCUCCAAGGAGGGCAGCAGCGUCGUCCUGAAAGAUUGGCUAGCAAAGGUUCUGGCCGAUCAUGGCGACCUUGCGGUGACGCCGCUGGUGAACUUCAUGCGCAUCCGCCUGCAGAGCAGUAGCACACAAAAUCAUUCCUCCGCCUCCACCACGUUGGUGGACGCGAAGAAUCUGGCUCUGCCGGCAAACCUGGAGGAGGCGGAUGUCUGCAAAUUGUGGCUCUCCGCACUGAACGAGGCCAAGUUCUUGUGCGGGAGUGUAGGAGGCCUGAUCUAUGACACGUCUUUCUCCGAAGAUGUUCGUGGUCCCAGCAGAACGGUCCUCCGAGGCACCUUCGUCGCAGAUGAAGGUCUGCUGGAGUACUUUCUUUUCUUUGCUUGUGACUGCUUCCGUCUUCGCUGGUUCUUCCAGUUUCAGUCUCCGCCGCCCCUCGGCAAUCUUCUUCCACUCGGACAAGCAAGAGCCACCACAGUGACUGCGAUCACCAAGAGGGAGCAUCCCGUGGAUCCUCGGAAGUUGAACUUCGCUCUCACGGUGCUCAACCAUCUGAUGGACCGGCUCAUGCGCUGGCCGCUGACGUGCUUCAUGUUGGCCCAGCUGACCCAGUUUGAGAAGAUCGCGCCGCCCCUGUAUGCCUACAUAAACCACGCCCGAUUGAUUCUGGACUAUCUGCCGGAGGAUCUGCUGCACGCGCCAAGCCUCACUGAGGACCGCGUGCGAAUGCUGAAGUUGGAGAGGCGGCUCACGUUCCCGCCGCCACCGGAGCUUCAAACUGUCACAGGCAACCUGGUAGACCAGUUGCUUCAAACUCCGGAGACGCCCAUGGACGAUCCUCCGCAGAGUGUGAAAGAUGUCGUUCACUCGAUAUUCAACGGCUUGAGCCAGGACAACAUCAGCGAAAAGGUGAUCAUGCUUCAGCAGAAGGUCGUGUUCGCGCACUACCGCUGGCUGUGCUACUAUACCGUCAGCCGGCGUGUGACGCGUGAGGCGAACUUCCACGAAAUCUACAUCCAGUUCUUCAGCGAGUGUUCUCAGAAGAAGUACCUUUUCCAUCAGCUCGUCAUCAUGUCCUUCGAGUGCCUGCGGCUGAUGAUGAGGGCGGUUGACGAGGCCGUGAAUUCCACGAACCACCGGACGACGCUCAAGAACCUGGGCGCCUUCUUAGGUCGCAUCACGAUUGGUCGAGAUCAGCCGCUCAAAAGUAGAAGUAUGGACAUCAAGGACCUUCUCCUGGAUGCCUAUGAGAAUUCACGGCUGACGGCCGUGUUGCCGCUUGCGUGCAAGAUCCUCGAGUCCAUCAACAGGUCGCGGGCGUUCAAGUUGCCGUCACCGUGGUCCAUGGGGCUUUUGUCUCUACUCGUCGAGAUCCAUACGAUCCCUUCCUUGAAGACGAACUUGUCCUUCGAGGUGGAGGUUCUCUUCCGCCACCUUGAAAUUCAGACCAAAGACAUCCCGAAGUCGGAUCUGCUCCGCACCAAGCGGCCACCUGCUCCCGGAAGUGCGGACCUCAACGAGCGGACGAGACUACACGAUCGCCAGGAAGUGCCGCAAGAGAUGUCGGCGCUUGGCUCCAGGCAGCAAGCCUCUGCAUCCUCUGCUCAUGCUCAGCAGCUCUGGAUGGGAGGUGGAGAGGGUCUUCGCGCCACCGAAGCGGAAGCUCACUACAGGCAAGCUCAUGCAGCAGCCUACGGUGGUCAGAGUCAGCAGCACUACCAGCAGAUGCUCCGCGGUGAAUCCUCGCAGAUGCUGGUGACCGAGCGCGAGCGCCAUAGGAUAGCAGUGGCUCAGCAACACGCUGCCCACCAUGGGCAUCAUCAUGGUUAUUUGGUGGAAACAGAGAGAAUGAUCCACGACAACCUGCCGAACAUGAUCAAGUGGCCGACGUUGAUGAAUGCCUUCCGCAACUUCCAGAAGCUCACGCAGUGGAUCGCCUGGUCUAUCGACCGAGCGGUGAAAGAGGUUCUGGCUGCAGUAGCAGACCGCAGCAGCAGUCUCGCAAGCUACGCAGCAGUUGCCAUGGCAGUCAAAGAUUUCGUCUUCGAGUCGGAAGAGGAUCUGCUUCGAAAGGGCGCGACGUCCAUGGGCAUUGCUGUGGCAGGUUCUCUGGCAUUGGUCAUGUGUCGCGAUGCAAUGCGCACAUCCCUGACGACCCAUCUCUGGCACGUCUUCAUGCAGAUGUUUGGCACCAAGGACCCCUAA